GAGCGGCGCUGUUGCUGGCAGGUGCCGAGUGUUUUUGUUUUGGGUUGAAGAAGGAGAAGAAGAAGUAGUUGCAGUUGAGGCGGGCCGGCCUCGCGGUGGCCGCUGAGGGCUUGAGCGGGUUUCGUUGCCCCCCUUCCCGCCACGCUCCGUCCCUCGUCCGGAGGCCACGAGCCUACCUCAGGCGCCCCUCCGCCUCAGCGCCGCCCGGGCUGGCGGAGCAGAAAGGCGACGGAAAGGCUGGUGCCUCCGUUUCGCCCUCCUCGCAGCCGUCGCCGCUUCCCGUCUCCGCCGCGUCAGGCCGGGCUCGGGGCGGGCUGCCCGGGGUGCCUGCAGCCGCUGCUGACGCCGCCCAGGAGGAGGACGAGGGGGGGCCAGGCCUGGCCCGGCUUGGCCUGGCCCGGCCUCACCCGAGUCGACCCCCGCCGCCGGGCCUCCAUCAUGAGGAGGGAAAUGAACGGCGUGACCAAGAGCCGCUUUGAGAGGAGAACAAUAAACUGCCUGAGGAAAGUCUCUCCGCGGUGUGACCUGAGGAUAGCUUGAACAAGGGACAGAACCCUGAUGGUAGCUUUCCUCCAUUGUGGUCUGGAAAGUGGAAGCAGGUGUGACUGAGUGGAAACUUGACUUGACUUGGUGCAGCCUGGCAGAGGCUAAUAGUUCUGCAGGAUGAAAAAGAGCAGUGUCUUCUUUCAGAAAUUGGCCGGAGGACUGAAACAGAUGUUCUCAAAUAACGAUGAGGCUGCGAUCAAUAAAAAGCUCCCCAAAGAGCUGCUACUUCGAAUAUUCUCCUUCCUGGAUGUGGUCACCCUCUGCCGUUGUGCUCAGGUCUCCAGGGCAUGGAACGUCCUAGCCCUGGAUGGUAGCAACUGGCAACGCAUUGACCUGUUUGAUUUCCAGAGGGACAUAGAGGGGCGCGUAGUAGAGAACAUUUCCAAAAGAUGUGGGGGUUUCUUGCGGAAGCUGAGCUUGCGUGGAUGCCAAGGCGUAGGUGAUAACGCACUAAGAACGUUUGCACAAAACUGCAGAAAUAUUGAAGUGUUGAACCUGAAUGGCUGCACCAAGAUCACAGAUGCUACAUGUACAAGCCUUAGCAAGUUCUGCUCCAAACUCCGGCAUCUUGAUCUGGCUUCCUGCACUUCAAUAACCAACCUGUCUCUCAAAGCACUGAGCGAGGGGUGCCCUCUGCUGGAGCAGCUCAACAUCUCCUGGUGUGACCAAGUGACAAAAGAUGGCAUCCAGGCUUUGGUGAGAGGCUGCGGUGGACUCAAAGCCCUGUUUCUUAAAGGCUGCACACAGCUGGAGGAUGAAGCCCUCAAAUACAUUGGAGCACACUGUCCUGAGCUGGUGACUUUGAACCUGCAGACCUGCUUGCAAAUUACAGAUGAUGGCCUCAUUACAAUAUGCAGAGGAUGCCACAAGCUGCAAUCUCUGUGUGCCUCUGGCUGCUCCAACAUCACCGACGCCAUCUUGAAUGCUUUAGGGCAAAACUGUCCAAGACUUAGAAUAUUGGAAGUGGCCCGAUGCUCUCAGCUCACAGAUGUGGGCUUCACCACUCUGGCUCGGAAUUGUCAUGAGCUAGAAAAAAUGGAUCUGGAAGAAUGUGUUCAGAUAACAGACAGCACAUUAAUCCAACUCUCUAUACACUGUCCCCGGCUCCAGGUUUUGAGCUUAUCACACUGCGAGCUGAUCACCGACGACGGGAUUCGCCACCUCGGCAACGGCGCCUGUGCUCACGACCGACUGGAGGUGAUCGAGCUGGACAACUGCCCUCUGAUCACAGACGCCUCGUUGGAACAUCUCAAGAGCUGCCACAGCCUGGAGAGGAUAGAACUGUAUGACUGUCAACAGAUCACACGGGCAGGAAUCAAGAGACUCAGGACUCACUUACCCAAUAUUAAAGUCCACGCCUACUUCGCCCCCGUGACCCCCCCGCCAUCUGUGGGGGGCAGCAGACAACGCUUCUGCAGAUGUUGCAUCAUCCUAUGACGCGGGAGCCGGUUUACUCUGCGCAAAAUGAAUAACUGAGUAUUUAAAUUGCCCUCCUAGAAGUAACAGCAAACACCAGUCUCUCCAUGGAAAAGUAUUGCUGGCGGUCCUUUGCCAGGGCCACUGGAAAGGAACGCAAAGAAGGGUGUUCGGGGGCUGGUUACAGAACUGGGUCCUCCCUUUUGCCGUAUAGCUACACACUCGACUACACGUGAUAGUGUGUACAUACACACAUGCAAGCUCUCUCUCACACACGUAUACACAUGUGCACAUACACACACCUACCUACAUGUUCCAGCCAGCAGAAGGACUGUGGAGCUGGGGAGCUGGAUCAGUGAGAUCCUUCCUUUUUUCCCCUUUAGGUGGAUUGAUAUAAUUAUGAACCAUUCCUACUGGGCAUGCUCAGAAAAAAUCGUGGGGGUGGGUGGGGAGAGAAGAUAGGGAGGGGGGAUCGUCAUACAGAUCGGAAGAAUUGCUGCUGCUUGGCUGGGUGGGGUCAGGGCCUUUUGAUACCAGAAACGGCAAAAUGGCCCCUCUCUUCACCACAGGGGUGAGAACGGGCGUGAUAAUUGAGGGAAGGGAACAAGAAUAAUAAACUCUGAAUCCUGUCUCCACUGUCAAGAGGGGAAGAAGUAAGCAAAACACGAUAACCCUGUGGUUCUAUUUUUUACUUCAGAAAUAUCAUCCUUGUGUAAGGGAAUGUUCAAACAGCGGCCAUCGUGAGAUAUUGAUUCCUGCGCUUCUGUACUUCUUCGUUUUCCAUGCCGGCACAAACACUGAGCAUGCUCAUGUCGAAGGUUCAGCGAUUUCUCUUCCUUGUUUCGUAGCAUUUGACUCAGAGGCUUCCUAGAUUGUUGUGACGAUAAAGCUAGAAAUCUGUAACGUCAGGUCUGAUUUAUUUUUCUUUUGUUUCCUUUCCUCUUUCUUCCUCAGAACCGCCAGUUUUUAAAUGUCUAAUUCUGAAAUUGUAUGAAAUUAUUGAACGUAAGAUAUAUGUCGAGUUCAUUUUUCUAAAACAAAAACAGAAAGGGGGGGGGGGAUGUCUUUUGCCAUCAAGCCAAGGUUUGAAAACACAAUUGUGAAAUGAGUUGAAGUGAUAAAAUCAUGAUUUUUUAAUAGAGAUUAUUUUCCUUUUUUUAAAGAAAACCCGACCUCUCAGGAGAGACAAGCUCACAAAUAUCCCAGCUAAAGAACAUGCAGCACAUAAGCUGCACGAGUCCAUUUUUAAUAACCAUACCCUUACACUGUUAAACCCAUUUUUAUACAAUGUUUGGGUAUACUAUCAAUUGUGAAGAACAUUUACAAGUUGAAUAAGGUGCAGAAAUCUCAGACAUAGCGGCCAGCUAAAAGAACAAGACCAGAAGCAUUGGGUAAAAUGUAGUCUAAGCAUUCCUCCUUGUUUAAAAAGGAAAUGUACCACCCCACCACCCCCUGUGCAAACAACUGGUCAUUUCUGACCCAUUGGUGAUGUCACAUCAUAACAUUUAUUAGGCAGACUUUGUUUAUGGGGUGGUUUGUCGGCACCUUCCCCAGUCGUCUACCCGUCACUCUCAGCAAGCUGGAUGCUCCUUUUACCAACUUCAGAAGGAUGGAAGGCUGAGUCAACCUUGGGCUGGCUACCUGCAGACGACUUCCAUCGGGAUCGAACACAGGUUGGGAGCAGAGCCUUGACUGCAGUAAUGCAGCUGACCACUUUGCGCCUUGUGGAUCUUGAUAAUCCCUCUUGUACAUGUGCAAAAAUGGUCCUGCAAGUCAUGAUAUUUAUGAAUCCAUAUUCUGAAGCAAGAGUACCUUUGGUGAACGGACGCUGAAAGCAGAGGGCGUCUGAGAGGCAUGAGGCUGACCGCUGUUACAGUCAGGUUAGCUGAGCCCAGUCCAGCAAGGCAUUUCUCAGGCUCAUCUGCUACCUUUGCAAUACUAAUCCUAUGUGUCUGUCUUGAAAGUAGGAAUGUAUAUUAACCAUCUUACCUCUCCCAAUCAUCAAUGACUUUUUUUAAAAAAAGUUUUGGGACCAUAACUUCCAUAAGGGACUUUUUAAAAAAGUACUAAAAAUGAAGAUUUUUGGCCUGACCCUUCUCUGAUCGGUGAGCAGGUUGGCGUACGAAGUAGACUGGAAUGUACUUGAUGCAGCUGCCGAGAUCUAAAGGAGGGCCAAGCAAGUUGGGAAGAUUUAAAAUGUAAUAUCCUGUGAUCAGUAUCUGUUCUCACAAGAUGUGCCAAAUCUGUUAUCUAAAUGAACAAAAAAUCUGAGUUUUCCCUGCUCCUUUCAGUUCCAGCUGCUCAGCCUGAUUACUUCAACACUGGCCAUGCAGCACUCAGCAGAGUGAACACGCUCCUCAACCAGUACAUUUGGAAAGGUGCAACUCACUCUAGGAUUGCAGUCAGCAGAAGAUUUGUUAUUAUAAUUUUGCUAGUUAGCACUGCUGCCCCCUUUCUUCCUUAUUUAUUAGAAGCCAGGGAAGAAAACCCAAAAUUGCAUUGUCAUCUGAUCUUGUGCCCACACAGUAGUGGGUUAUUCAUCGGGGAAGCAUUCAUUCUGUGUGUCUGUCUGUCCGUCUUCAGCCAUAUCCUGUUAUGUUCUGGAAGGCGUUACUUUGCAGCGUGUCAUUUCCUGUGCCCUUGCAGAUGGAGGGAAGGUGAAGGGAAGGAAUGUGCAUCUGAAGAACCUUGGGCUUGUGGAGAGCAGCAGAACCAAUAGAAUUUGAUGUAUUCUUAAGGUGUAAUGCAACCCCAUCAGAAUAUUGAAACCCUUUCCAAAGAACAUCUAUGGGUUAACCUUGCCCCAUGUUUUUUUUAAGUUUAUAAAAGUUUUUUUUAAUUGAAUAUACAGACAUGGCUGGGCCAUGAUUAUUGUGGGGUUGGUGAAGAUAAAGGCGGCGGGGGAGGGGAAGGUUUUGUGAUGGUUCCUUAACUAGAGUGUCAUUUUUAAAGAGGGAAGGAUUUGGGGAAGGGUCUGAAGUCUUAAUUUGUGGUCUGUUCACUUGGCUGAGGUUUGGGGCCAGAAUUCAGAAAAGAUGCUGCGGAGAUGUUCAAGGGUUCUGGCCGGCCACAGCUUGGACUCUUUUGUUGCAGUUUCCUGUAGGAUGGCAGAAUCCUGCUGCUGCAAUCUAAGCCAUUCCUGUGAAUCCUGCCACAGUUCUGGGGAUGGUUAAAUUCCACCAGGAAAUCCAUGACAAAGUUUCAUUCUUAAAGCAUCUUUUAUUAAACAAAAAAUAUACUUUGUUCUUGGUGAGCUCAAGGACAGGAUUGGCGAUUUUUUAAAUAAAAUAUUUAGGUCACCCUU